AUGGCGCUUUCCGAUGGGGCACAUGCCAUGGCAGAGGAGUUUAGUUAUUUUACGCUGCUUGACAAUCGGAACCACGACUCCGACCUCACCGAAGCUCAAUCAAGUUCCAAGGCAAAUCCGCGCGGUACGGGUGCAGCGACUAGCACGGGUACGGGCACGAGUCUCUUCGGCAUCUCAUGUACGCGACAGAUCCGGGCAGAGAAACUCAAGCGCCGCUCAGUGGACGUGACGCGCUCGACUGUUCAGAAGGCCGUUGUUGUUAUCUCACCUACGGCGAGGGGCAUGGGGGAAUUGAGAGAGAGGCUUGGAAUUGUCACGGCGGCCUGGUUUGCGCAGGAGGAUUUCUCAGAUACCUCGAUUUUGAAGGAAUUUCAAGACAGUCUAUUCAGAGCGCCGCCUACCCAUGAGGACGGGAAAGAUCAUCAUUUCGGUCUCUCUCUUCGAGAAUUGAUACAUGAGUUUAGGCAUCAGACGCUGGCUCUAGUCAAAUGCCUUUUGCUCCAGCGGAAGAUGCUCUUUUUUGGCUCCAAAUGUGAAAGGCUCUGCAUGAUGCAGUUCGCCCUGGUCUCGCUCAUCCCUGGACUCAUUGCAAACUUGCAGGACGCAGCGGAUCCGAGCCUCGAUGCUUACGCACAGAACGUGCAGAAAGCGACGAGUUUAAAGACCAGCGAUAGAGCUUCAUUACUAGCAUAUAUGGGUUUGCCGUUGCAAUUAUUCGGAAAGGCUUCAAUGUUUGGGCCAUACACUCCCCUCCAACAACUCGACAUCCUCGCCGACUACGACACCAAAUCCUAUGUCGUCGGCUCCACCAACAGCCUCCUGCUCCAGCAGAAGGAAAGGUACAGCGACAUUCUCAUAAACCUAGACGAGUCCAACUCCAUCACAAUCUCUUCUCCUUCUUUGCGUACUGCUCUCGCCCUUAGCGCAGCGGAUCGUCGCUGGAUCGACUACCUCACUCAGACCGUGCUGGAUACGUGGGAUCCGGAGAAUCCGAGUAGGCCGAAGAACAUGGGUUAUGCAGGUUCCGAAGACGCCAUUCGCAUGCAAUUUGAGGAAUACAUUCUCUCCCUCUUGAGUAGUAUGGCAUAUCAGAUAUACCACGAAUCCCUCUCGGAAAACAGCAUCCCCGCCGCUGUCGCAAAUAUAGAGAACUUCCCCGACCCUGGAGAUACCGCCUCAGAUUUUAAUCCUGAAUUCCUCGCCAUGUGGCGAUCGACCAACAAUUUUGCCCUCUUUGACCGUCUCACGCAGGGGAAUCGUAUUUUCGACAUCAUCGAGCCCCGGCACCCAACUGGCGGAGGGCUGACUGUUGAAGAUCUGCAAAGGAGAGUCGCCAGGGGAAUGGCAGAUCUCCAUCUUGACGAGAGGGUGAGGGAGGGGAGGGAACAACUGGGACGCACGCUGCAGAGUGGCCGUGAGAGAGUCGAGGCUGGCAUGGCGAGGUUCUGGGCCGAGGUGGAAAAGGCGAAGGAACAGAGGGCGCAGCAGCGGGCGACGAAGAGGACGAGCCGCAGCCAAAGCAUUACGAGGACCAGCGGGGAAGAUGAAAAGAAAGAGAACCAGGGCCCUGCGACGAAACAACCAGCAGUGGCUCUUUCGAGCGCGAGUUCGAACUUGAGUUGGAUGGUCGUCGAGCCGGACGGUGACUCUGGGUCAAAAGCAAGACCUGUUUCGCCACCCUCCUCGUCGGUCGCCAGCACUUCAACACCUGCCGCUUCGAACUGGACAACAUCUCUCCGUGACCGCACCCCGCGUGUCGACACCUUGCAGAUCCAAGCCUCUGCUCGCGAGGGCGCGGCCCGGGCAGGCGCGUACCUGAGCGGCUGGGGCACGUGGGCGAGGGAACGGAUGCAACAGUCUCAGCAGGGCAAAGGUGCUGCUACCCAGACCGCAUCUGGAGCGGGCGAAUCAGAGAGAGGAGGUGGUGAAGCAGCAGCAGCAGCAACAGGAGGAGGAGGAGGAGGAGGAGGAGGAGGAGGAGGAGGAGAAUAG